UUGAGUCUCGCCCAUAGGUCUGACGCAGGCAAACAUGGCAGCUUCCACUAACAUCACUCUGGACAUCUCAGCGUGUAUCGCUGGCGUUUUGAAAGAAAAACAUUGCCCCGAACACUUGCAAGUUUUAAGAAACUUUACGGCUGCUUUACGGGACAAGGAGUACAGGGAUGCUGUGGAAGAGAAGGCAUUCUUUAGUCUCAUGAAGGUUUUGUCCAGACUCUGUGGUGAGCUUCAGGCUGCCAGCAGAGACAGUGAGGACCUGCAGUCCUUUGCUUUGCAGCUUCAGCUGACUGCUGAGUGUUUUAGGGCUCAGCGAAACGCCUGCGUCCAGAGCGCACGCAACCAGAGUUUGCUCAGGGAGCUUGGUUUUAUUGAUGUAUCGCUUAAACUUUUGAGCUUCCUUCUGAACACAGAUUUGGAGAACAGAGAUGACCUAUUUGAGCCUCUUCGCUGUGGGAUCCAAUUCCUUGGUAACUUAGCUGUGGGAAACCAAAGGUGUAAAGAUGACAUUUGGCGGCUGAGCUUCCCAAAUCUUCUCCUGCAGCUGCUCUGUGUUGAUGAUGAAAAAGCGGUAAACUACACCUCUAUGGUACUGCACACAUGUCUGGAUGAAGAGAAGGUAGAAGAACUGUCUGAGCUGCACAACAUGCAGCUGGCGCUCAGGGUGAUGGAGCUCUGUAGGACCCAACCUGACCUGGACUGGACGGUUCUUAUUGCCACCCAGCAUUUCCUCAAGUCUUCAGCUCUGGUGCAGAACAUGUAUUCUGGGAUGUCUCACCAUGAAAGAGUCACUCUAUUGGAACUGCUUUUAGCCCAGCUCAGAGAGGAGGAUGUUGAGGAGUGUGAUAUCCCACCCAGCGUGGCUCAUUUCCUGGCUUCCUCCUUCCAGAAAGGUUGUGGAGCUGUGCUGACACUGGCCACCGGUUCUGCUUCCAGUGAUGAGCACAUCCUUUCUCCAUGUGCCGAAUACCUGCAGGUUUUGCAGGAGGCACUGACAGUGAUUAGCCUGCUGGACGUGCUGUGUGAGAUGACCUCAGACCACAAGCAGUUUAUGGUCCUACAGGACCAUCCUGACCUUCUAGUGACCACUGUUGAGCUCUUGAAGCAGGUGCAUGCCAUUGGAAAGGCCAGUAGGAAUAUUUUUAGUGUUGCUCAGAACUUCUCCUCCUCCAGUGGAGAUGAAGGCCCUUCCUCCCAUUCUCCUGUCAUCAGCUUCAAGGCCCACCUCAUCAGACUGAUAGGAAACCUCUGCUACAACAAUACCAACAACCAGACCAAGGUAAGAGAACUAGAAGGCAUCCCCCUCAUCUUGGACCACUGCAACAUAGAUAGCAACAAUCCAUUCAUUAGUCAAUGGGCCAUCUUCGCCAUCAGGAACCUCUUAGAACACAACACCCAAAACCAGGAGCUGAUUGCUGCACUGGAAAGUCAUGGCACUGCUGACUAUUCUGCUCUCAGGGAGUUGGGUUUCCUGGUGGAAGAACGUGAUGGAAGCUUGCUGCUCAAAGGUGUGAGGAAGGACUUGUAAAAACCUGGGAGAAGCAGCCAGGAGAACAGAGGUCCUCAACUUGUAAGCAGGUUUUCAUAUCAAGUAAUUGUUGAGGAGGGAAUAAAGUACACGUACACACAUAUACACUUGAUACGAGUGAACGUGUCCUCUUGUUGUGCUACAAGCCUCAUUAAUGCAACGCUUCAUCUGCGAGUGAGUAACCCAUCUAUUAUCAAGCACAUAGGCAUAGUUUCUGUCCAGAAUAACUGACAGCCACGCUGCUCAUAGAUUAAGCAAUAAAGCACUUUUGAAUUAGCUGUUUCUAUCAGAGAAGUAUUUAGAACUUGCUGUGCUAGCACUCAUGGCCAGAUGGGGCUUAAGGUAUUCUUGAUACACAAGGCCCACACAGUCCCCGAUAUCAAAGCAAGGGUCAAGACAUCAGGAGUUCCUACUUUGUCUUGACCUGAGCUUGGGAAAUGAAGAGUUUGGAGGAGGCAAGCACAUGCUGGUAACUUUUGGCAAGGCUGAUGCUUUGUGCUUUAAUCCAAAGACAAAGAGCACCACAGUGCCAGGGCCUUUCACCUUUCACUGACAUUGAUGUUACCGGCAGGGGUUGGGAUUUAAUGCUAGCCCCAUAGUGACUUCUCCAGUAACCAUGAAAUAGAGCAUGGUCAAAACAUGGUGUAAACAACCCCCUCACUGCCUUACGUAAUUAAAUUGUGGUGUCUCUGCAAGAGACCUUUUCCCCCUCAGUCAUACACUUAUUUUAACUGGCCUAAUAUUAUCAUCAAAAUGCAUCUAAGUGAAAAAUGCAAUACUAAAACUAAUAACUAAUGCUAUGCAUGAUGCUAUACAUGUACUAAACAGGAUAAUCUACUAUGUGGUUUGAAUUUGUCACUGGAUGUGCCUGCUUUUGCAGUGCUUCUUGUAUUAAGGUUAUAACAGCAGCAUUCUAGUGAAUUACAUUUUAUUCUUCUUUAUUCAACUUUUAUAUUUAUUACACAGUACUAUAGAUAAAUAAGACUUGAGAACUUAUGGCAUGCAUCAUAGAUAAUUAACCAUCUCGAAACUCUCAGCAUUAGACCACUUCACUCUAAGUGACCUAUAUUUGAGUUUUACCAGAUUGCUUAGACUUUGUUAGUAUUUUAGUAAAUACUGUACUACCUACCUAGCUGUGUGUUGUAUGCGUGUGAAUGUGCUGCGCCUUUUGAUAAGCGAUAGUGAUUUUGGAUCAGUAGACAAUGGAUAAGAGCGUACUGAAAGUGUGCACCCGGAGACUGAGUGAAUGAAUGAGUAAAUCAGAGCAGAAGCUUUAGUUUGCAGAGUGACAUCCCUCUGUGCUCCUUCUGUUGCUGGAUAAGCUGAACGGUCCUGACACCUCAACAAUGUGGCGCUUUACGGGCCUUCCCACACCCUGCUGCACCCUGUUUGCCCUGCCUCUGAUUUUUAUUGACAAAAUGUAUUGAAACAAUCGUCUGGGCUCUCCCCUCAAUCCGCUGCCAUAGUGAAGGGAGCUUAUGCAGUUCCGGUCCCCAGGAUUUCAGACUGCUAACAAAACCACUGUUACUCGCGCUCGAAUGGCUGGCUGCAAUGCUUUUCAGCCCCACAGGAACGAAGCUGUACAAGCUGGCUAGGCUGAAUUAGGUGACAUGGCCGCAGCUGUCUGUUCACCUCUAAGUAUUAUCACCACAUCAGUCAAGGCAAGUUCUGGUGUGUCUUAUGUCAAUGUUUUAUUGCAUAAACUUCUACUGUAUUGUAUUUGUGCCUUCUGGCUUGAUACUUAACUAAAUCAAAAACACUUUGUCAGGCUG